CUGACGUGCCCCACUAUUUGUUCACCCUAUUUAUACCAUAGUCAUCGUGUACUGUGGCAAAGGUUGACGCCAACCUUGACGCUUGUCCGCCUAAACUGGAUCUCAUGUGGGUAUUGCCAAGGCACGGAGCAGUCGGAGUAUGACCGCGUCUCGGGCGAUUACCAAUAAGGAGCAGAAGCUUGCGGUGGUGGGCUCCGGAGGGGUGGGAAAGAGUGCUAUGACUAUACGAUUCGUAACCUCCCAAUUCUAUGAUCAAGGGUAUAACCCGACCAUUGAGGACUCAUAUCGGAAGCAAGUCGUCGUGGAUGACGAAGCGGUCACUUUGGAGAUAUUGGACACCGCUGGACAGGAGGAAUACGCAGCGAUGGCAGACCAAUGGUAUUCCUUUGGAGGUGGAUUUCUCCUCGUCUACUCCAUAACGGAUCGUUCGACGUUUGAAGCGAUACCAGGGCUACAUCAGGAUAUACUGAGAGUCAAGGAUCAGAGUUAUGUUCCAUGUGUAGUGGCCUCCAAUAAGUGCGAUCUCGGACGAUUACGCGCCGUUGGACAACUGGAGGGACGAGAUAUGGCCAGGAGAUUGUCAGCACCAUUCAUCGAAUGCUCAGCUGCGGAUGGUGUCAAUGUCGACGUUGCAUUUCGAGAGCUCAUCAAGCUAGUGAGGCGGAACGAAAAGCGCAUGGCUUUAGCUGCUCAACGUCUGAUGGGUGGUCCAUUGGCUGCAGAUCCAUUGUCGUCCAUUGCUGGCUCAGAAUCCGGCGUAGACAAGUGUUGUAAAUGCGUCAUGAUGUGAUGAUAAUCCACCUCUACCUGUUG